AAGAUGAAAGGCCUCUUGAAAGGCCUAAGAUACAUUUCACAAAUAUUUGAUAAUGAAAAGGAACAAGAAAUGGAGAUCGGAUAUCCCACAGACGUAAAGCAUGUGGCUCAUAUAGGCUGGGAUGGCGGUCCAUCGGUAAAUACACCUAGUUGGAUGAGCGUAGAUCCUGGAUUGAAAGACGGCCAACCUCAAAAUUCUCAGGCUUCACGCUUACCGGACAUGCCCAGGUCAUCGAGACGCCAAUCAUCCACAGGCGCUUCCGCCUCCGUCACCUCCGAGCAAUCAGACGUACAGAGGCGAUCGAGGAGACAUCAUUCUAGCUCUUCAACUAGUUCCCUACCAAGGGAAGCAACCGGUAAAACCAAACCCAGGCAGCCCCGAGAGGGAAGCCAAGGCAGUGAGUCGCCCUCCCGUAACCCAACUGAUAUACCCAGGAAAAACCGACAAAAGAAAUCAAAGGACUCGUCCAAGGACGGUGGGGGGUCGUCGAGAUCGAGAGCGAGAGCGAGAUCUCAAACUUCUAACACUUACGCCCCAUCACCCUUCUCGGAUCCAGGGUGUGGAACCGAGUCUAGAUUCCUGAGCAAUGAAACGUCAGCUGGUUUAGAAGAAGUUGGAGAAGAAGGGAAAAAAUGUAAUGAAGUUUGAUGAAAUCUUCAUGCAGUGCAAGAAGAAGAAGAAGAAGCCCGAAUGCUUGAGGUGAAGGAGGGUUUGUUUGGAUGCCAUGGGAGAAGCUUUGGAUAAAAUCAAAUGUACAGAAAGGUGUUUUCCUCGACUGGGUUACAGCCUGCAGUUCAGAAUUCCUCUGGGCUUUGUUCAUAGUUUCAAUCCUUAGCCACUCUGUGUAUAUUUCAUGGUAUUUUCAAUUUUGGCCCAUCACUUUUUGUUAGGCGUCAAUUAUUAAUGCUUGUUCUUCAAAGUCUU